UAAUGGCGACGAGGAUGAUCGGUGCAAUUAAGCCCGUCAAAUUGUUCCCACUUCCUUUUCUUCCUUGUCUUUCCCAUACGUCAUUAAACUGCUUUCUUCAGUGAUUCUCUACAGAGAAAACAUGGCGACCCCUUUCCCCUCUACGGGAACACUCACUCUCUCUCCUCCUUCUACUUAUCCCACAUCUUCCCCCACCAAUCAAUUCCUCGUCGAAUUCCCUUUCUGUUCCAAUUUCUCCACCCUCACCUACCGCUCAACCCACCUCCGUCCCAUCUACGCCGUUCCCGCUUCUGAGAAAAUUGAAAAGUUGGGUGCCGAAAUCUCCUCCUUGACUCUUGAGGAAGCUCGCACACUCGUUGACUAUCUCCAGGAUAAGCUAGGAGUCUCCGCUGCCGCCUUUGCCCCUGCAGCAGUGGUUGCCGCCCCUGGAGCUGGUACCGAUGCUGGAACACCAGCGGUGGAGGAGAAAACGGAGUUCGAUGUUGUGAUUGAGGAGGUGCCGGCUAAUGCGAGAAUUGCAGUGAUUAAAGCGGUUAGGGCAUUGACGAGCUUAGCUUUGAAAGACGCUAAAGAACUGAUUGAGGGUUUGCCUAAGAAGUUUAAAGAAGGAGUUUUGAAGGUCGAGGCGGAGGACGCUAAGAAGCAGCUGGAAGCGGCCGGAGCCAAGAUUAACAUUGUUUGAAACAAGAAUGAGAAUUUAGAGGGUAAUUUUGUGUACUCCUUGGGUAAAUUUGUAGUUUUCUUUUUAUUAAUUUGAAAAUGUAUUUGAAUUCACAAAAUUGAAUGUGGAUUUUCAUUGUUUUAGGAUUGUACUUGUGGGUUUUUGUGGGAUU